AUGACGCGGUGGAAGGUCCUGCCCCGCGAGCAGUGCCAGGGCAUCCGCAACUUUGUUGUCCAGUUCAUCAUCCAGAUGUCGAGCACCGACGAGAGCCUGCGCAAGGAGAGAGCUCUGAUCAACAAGCUCAACCUGGUCCUCGUCUCCAUCCUCAAGCAGGAAUGGCCCCACAACUGGCCCACCUUCAUCAACGAGAUUAUCUCGUCCUGCCACAGCAGUCUACCUAUCUGCGAGAACAACAUGGCCAUCCUGCGUCUUCUCUCGGAAGAAGUUUUCGACUUCUCGGCUGAACAAAUGACCUCGACUAAGACGCGCCAACUCAAGCAGAGCAUGUGUGACGAGUUCACCUCCAUCUACAACUUGUGCAGUGAGAUUCUGCGCACCGCCACACAACCCUCGCUGAUCAAGGCUACUCUUGAGACCCUGCUGCGCUUCCUCAACUGGAUUCCUCUCGGCUUCAUCUUCGAGACACCACCUACCGGUGUCAGCUUGCUCGAGACUCUUCGCAGCCGUUUCCUUGAGGUCCCCGAGUUCCGCAAUGUCACCCUCAAGUGCUUGACAGAAGUCGGCGGUCUGCAGACCGACCAGCAGUACAACGAGAAGCUCAUCGCCAUGUUCACCGACACCAUGACUACCAUUAGUACUGUCAUUCCUCUGUCGCUCGACCUCAAGCAAACUUACGCUUCCAGCAACAGCCGUGACCAAGAAUUCGUCCAGAAUCUCGCCCUCUUCCUGACCAACUUCUUCUCUAAUCACCUUAGCAUCAUCGAGAACCUGCCCAACCCUGACUUCUUGGUUCACGGCCACUUCUACCUCAUUCGCAUCAGUCAGAUUGACGAUCGCGAAAUCUUCAAGAUUUGUCUGGAAUACUGGACCAAGCUGGUGUGCGAUCUCUACGACGAAAUGCAGCAACUCCCCAUCACCGACCUCAACCCUCUGGUCAGCAUGUCUAUGAGCGGUCUCUCCAAUGGUGGCGCCCCUCAUCCUCAGACCAUGGCUGGCUACCCUCUUCGUAAGAACAAGUACGGCGAAGUCUUGACAAACCUGCGUCAGGUCAUGAUCGAAAAGAUGGUCCGUCCUGAGGAAGUCUUGAUCGUCGAGAACGACGAAGGUGAGAUCGUUCGCGAGUUCGUCAAGGAGAGUGACACAAUUCAGCUCUACAAGACCACCAGAGAGUGUUUGGUCUUCCUUACUCACUUGGACGUUGUCGACACCGAGACCAUUAUGUCCGACAAGCUCUCGAAGCAGGUUGACGGUUCUGAAUGGUCAUGGGCAAACUGCAACACUCUUUGCUGGGCCAUCGGUUCCAUCUCGGGUGCCAUGAACGAAGAGACCGAAAAGCGCUUCUUGGUUACCGUCAUCAAGGACCUUCUCGGCUUGACAGAACAGAAGCGUGGCAAGGACAACAAGGCCGUCGUCGCGUCCAAUAUCAUGUACAUCGUCGGCCAGUACCCUCGCUUCCUCAAGGCUCACUGGAAGUUCCUCAAGACUGUCGUCAACAAGCUUUUCGAAUUCAUGCACGAGACCCACGAGGGUGUUCAAGACAUGGCUUGCGAUACCUUUAUCAAGAUUGCCAACAAGUGCAAGCGUCACUUCGUCUUGACUCAGCCUGGCGAGUCGGAGCCUUUCAUCGAUGAAAUUGUGCGUAACAUGCGCAAGAUCACCUGUGAUUUGUCUCCCCAGCAGGUCCACACCUUCUACGAGGCUUGCGGUUACAUGAUCAGCGCGCAGGGCCAGAAGGCCAUGCAGGAGCGUUUGAUCGGCGAGCUCAUGGCUCUUCCUAACCAAGCUUGGGAUGCUAUCAUUCAGUCUGCACACGUCGACCCUAACAUCCUCCAAGAUGCCGAGACCAUCAAGGUCGUAGGCAACAUCAUGAAGACCAAUGUCUCUGCCUGCUCUUCGGUCGGAAGCUACUUCUACCCUCAGAUUGGCAAGAUCUACCUCGACAUGCUCACCAUGUACCGCGCUAGCAGUCAGCUCAUUGAUGAAGCUGUGCAAAGAGAUGGUAUGCUUCGCUCGUAUGUUUUUGUAUAA